GCUGCUGAGAAGUUCAAUAAUUUUUGGGAGCCACAGGAACCCACAGGAAUACCAUUGCACCGAAGACUGCAUGUAUUUAAUCAGUGAAUUACUGGGAUAACAUCAUGAUUAAUUGAGGAAGAGAGGUUCAUUAAUUGUGACCAUGUCAGAGAAACUUCAGAAUAUAUCCAUCAGCUCACAGCAUAGCUCUAAAGAUGAACCAUACAAUAGAAUGGAAGAAGAGUUGACCUGUCCAGUAUGUUUGGAACUAUAUGCUGACCCUUUAAUGUUACCAUGUUCCCACAGUCUCUGUAAGAAAUGUCUGGAGGAUAUUAUACAAUCCAGAGUCAAAUCAGGACAGGAAGGAUUAGAUUGUCCCUCAUGUCGGAAAAACCUUAAGGUGUCAAAAGAACAAAUAACCAACUUGCCUAAAAAUCUUGCCCUGGAAAAUAUUGUGUUCCGUUUUCAAGAAAUCCAAAGUGCUAGCAUAUCACAGUUUAAGAACAAUAGUUUAUCCUUGAAUUCGUCACUUGGUAGUCAGUCCUCAGAUAGGGAUAGCCCAGUAUUUGCUGAGGACGUCAAUGAACUUUGUGGUCUAUGUGAUGGGAAAUCUCCAAACAAAGCAACAUGGUUCUGUGAACAGUGUUCUGUCUUGUAUUGUGAGAGAUGUUUAGAAAAAUUCCAUCCUCGCCGAGGAACUUUAUGUCACCAUCGUAUACGUAAACCGAGUCACAUGGAAGGAGAAUCUAAGCCAGCAUUCUGUGAGGAUCAUUCUACAGAACAAGCCACCGUGUUCUGUGAUCAAUGCAAAUUGUUAGUGUGCCAUUUAUGUUUAUGUGAUGGUCUAGGGAAACAUACUGGACACAAAGUAUUGGCUAGAGACUCGGCAUGUCAACAAGUCAAGGAAACAGUUGAAUCGUCAAAAAAAUCUUUAGAAUCAAUGUCUACUGUAGUACAGGAACAAAGUCAGAAGAUGGAAGAUUUAUGUGAAGAAUUAGAGGAUGUUCAUCGCCAAGCAUGUCAGAAAGUAGAGAAUCAGUAUCGCAGGUUAUUAGAAGACACGACCUCAGCUUUACGUCAACAGAAACAGGCGCUCAUCCAAUCACUGACUUCAGCCAAAUCAAAAUCUGUAUCUCAGCUACACAAACAUCUGGAUGUAAACAGUAAAACAUCGAAACAAGUAGAAGAUCUGAUGGAAUCAUGUAAAAAGAUUUUAGAUGAAGAUCAUACAAAAGGUUUACUUAGUCGAGCAACUGAAAUACCUCCAUUAACAGAUCAAACUCAGGAAAUUGAAGAUUGUUUACAGAAAUCCAGGACUCAUUAUUGUGACCUGGUUAGAAGCUGUUCCAUUCAACAAGAUUUAAAAAGGGCAGUGACUAAGUUUAGAAGUGCUUCAAUGUCUUGCCUACAGGUUAUGGCUACUGAUGAACCUGGUAAAUGUCAAAGCAUAAUACCUCUUAUUAAGUCCCCGUCAUCUGCAGGGAAAGAGGCUCCUCGUGUUCAGAACAAAUGUUUGACAACAUGGGGAUUUAAUUCUACAAGCUUUACAGCAGAAUCACUGGAUUCAAACUCACUCUGGUCUGUGACAAUCGAGAAGAAUUCCAGUCAUGUUGGAGACACAAAAUCUGGAUAUUUAUUUGGAGUAGGGAUAGCAUCUGAUAAAUUGGGGAACAAAGAACUUGUUGGAAUGAAUGGAAAAUCUUAUGGAAUAGCUUGUUCCAAUGGGAAUCUUGUUUACUGUCACAACAGCAAGAUAGAACAGUUGAUGCCAUUGGACGGAUUACCACUGUCAAUCACAGUCUGUGUUACAAAUGACCAAUCAGAAAGUGUGAUACUGUCAUUUACAAUUACAAAUUCUAGUUGGGGUGAUACCCUGAGUUGUAAGAAAGUGUUAAUGGAUUUUAUACAUGGAGACCCUAUAUACCCUGUAUUUACAGUCAGUCAGAGAGUUAAAAUGCAGUUUCCAACACAUGUGUAAUGAUUACAAUGAAAUAUCUAUAUACCUGAUAUCUGAUGUCUAUGAAAAACAGAUCAACAUCAAUAUCUCUGCCAUGUCUAUCCAUCCAUUGUUUGUCUUGAUUUUGUAAAGUUCAGUACAGAAAAAAUCAAAUAGUAUUUCAUAACUGUUUUUUUUAAUAAUACAAAAUUCAUAAAAACAAAUUUUAUCCAGCAUUUCUGCCAUUGCAUGCAUAUCAUUGUCCUAAAAAGAAAUCAAGAUUUGUAUUUUAACUCUUAAUUUUCAAGGCUUGAUUCUUAAAAUGCUGCAAUUUUCCAUAAUACUGUAAGUUUCCAAAUGAUUGUUUAUGAAAUAAUUACAAUCCUAUGAAUGAAGAUCUGCAUUUUUUUCUCAUUUCACUUUACAAGAUGUUAAUUUCAUGAAAAUAAGAACACAUGAUGUACAGACAUGACUGAAGAAUAUAGCUCAAAGUAAUCUUUAUGAUUUCCCCUUAUCAUCGCUAACAGGGGAUGAACAUUUAAGGUAUAACAAAAUAAGGUAUGAAAUGAUCACUAUUUAUAUACAAAUUUUCGAAAGCCAUAUGACAUGUAUGAGUAUCCAUGCAAAUUUUUCUAUGCUAUUUAUUUAAGUUCUAAAAUAAGAUAUGUAUUAGGAUUUAGAUGAUGAUUUACAGAAGUUGUGAUUUUGUUAAGGUAUUAUAACUUUAAAAACCCCAAAAAGAGAAAAGUGCAAUUAUCAAACCUAAUCAUAAUUAUAGGGCAAUAUUUAUUACUUUUGUAUGUUUUAUGAACCAUCAAUAUACUAGUAGAGUCUAUCGCCAUUCAUACCACAGUUUUAAGGAUGUAUAUCUAGUCCAUAUAAUAUGUCCUUUCUUCUGGUCACUUUGUUUUGAUAUUCUUUUGUGAAAUUGAUUUUGUUAUUAUUUCAAGGUUUUGGUGUCUUAUUGGUGUGCCCUUAAAUUGUGUGAUUGUAUUCAGUUUAUUUCAUAAUCAUUCUGGAUGACAUAUUUAUUUUAAUUGAGUUAAGAGUUAUACAUAGAAGCAUGGCUGAUGAAUGAUAUAUACUCCUUGGAGCCUCUUGUUUUAUGCUCCAGCUGUCAGCAUUAUUUCUUAGCAAUUACAAUCAGCCAAAGUAUUUUGAAUUGAAUUAAUUUUCAGUGUUACAUAUUGUCUUAUAUUUGUUACUACUUUUUUUGUCCCACCUGAUGCAGAAAGACAUAGGGAUGCAUGUCCAGUAAUGUCUUGGUUAGCUUUUUGUAUAAAGUUUGACAUUUCAGAAGGUAGAAGAGAGCUCUGCAUAAUCCUUAUCUGUUAUACAGAUUCCUUAUGAUCUGAAGAUUCUUUCUGGUAUAUUUCAAUUGUCCUUGACAUCAUUUUCAUGGUUCAAUGACUUCUUUUAAAAAAUAUUUUUUUAUCACAUGAUUAUUUCAGAUCUUAUGAGUAAUAAGUCAACUGUGUUUGGUAUGUAGUGAAUGAUUGCAAGGUAUUCAUGUCUGUCAGGCAGAUUUUAUCUGACAUUGACCUCAUUUCAUUGUUCAGUGAUCAAUAAAGUUUUCUUGAUUAAUCCCAAUUCUCAGAUACCCUUAGUUUUUGCCAAACUAUGUAGUGUAUAGAAUGAUUUAUUUUAGUAAAAAAUUGAGAAUGGAAAUGGGGAAUAUGUCAAAGAGACAACAACCCGACCAAAGAGCAGACAACAGGCGAAGGCCACCAAUGGGUCUUCAAUGCAGCGAGAAAAUCCGGCACCCAGAGGUGGUCCUCAGCUGGCCCCUAAAUAAAAUUGUGUGCUAGUUCAGUGAAAAAGGACGUCACACUAAACUCCAAAACAUAUAAAUGAACUAAAAUUAAAAAAAAACAUACUAGACUAACAAAGGCCAGAGGCUCCUGACUUGGGACAGGCGCAAAAAUGUGGCGGGGUUAAACAUGUUUUGUGAGAUCUCAACCCUCCCCCUAUACCUCUAGUCAGAUGUCAGAAUAGGUAACAAAAGAAACUAAGCAAAAUGACAAUGAUACAUAAAUGAACAAAGGACUACUAGCAGUUACUGACAUGCCAGCUCCAGACCUCAAUUAAACCGAUUAAAAGAUUAUGUCUUCAUCAUAUGAAAAUCAAGUACAAUCCCUCCCGUUAGGGGUUUAGUAUCAUACCAUCAUAAAAAAUAUGAGAAGAACAUAACCCGUAUCAUGCCAACAACUGGUUUAAGAAUAAAUGUGUUUAUGCAAAGAUGCAAAGACCCUAUGAGUGAAUCAAUAUUAAAACCAAAAUAUGCAUUCCUUAAUGACUUGACAACAGUAUCGUAACUAUAUCCUUUCCGAUUAAGUCUGUUUAAAGGUUUGGUUAGCUUUUGAGGUGAAUGCAUUUCCUUCUGACAGGAGUCAUGGUUCAUUGGUCAGCCUUAAGUUUUUAUGAUUAUGUUUUUUUCCGAUCAUAUAAAUACUAUAUUCAAAGUCAACUCUAUUCAGUGGAUAGAAUAAUUGUAAGGGUUUAUUUGAUCUUAACCUAAUUUUCGUGGAUCAUUGGUCAAUGUUAAGUUAUGUGUUUAAGUUUCUUAGAUGCUUUAAAUAUGAGAACAAUUAUAUGUGAUGUAUGUCAUAAUUGUAAGGUGUUGAUGUCCCACUUAAAGGGUUCAUCUGACUUUGCAUUAGUUUCAUGUGUUAUUUAUUAUGUUAAUUUUCUAUGACUACUAGUGCUGUAAGACUUCCAACAUAAAUGUCAAUCAUGAAAAGUAAAGUAAAGCAGGUGAUACAAUUCCGAGUGUGAAGUUAUAAUUUUUAUAUGACAUAUCCAACAUAACUAAAUAUCAAACUAAACAUUUCUGUUUUAUAUAACGUUUGAAUUAACAAAGCUGACAAGAACUAUAAGUUUUGGUAUAAAUCAUGUUCAACAAAAAAGUGUUCCUUAAGUUUGAUACUCAUUGUAUGGUUGUAGUGAAGUAUGUUUGUACUAUAUUUAAGGUUGUGUUUUAUUUAUUGUUUAUAUUCUUGUUUAACACUCUUCUGCAAUAAAUGUGAAUCUCU